UCUCCGAACCAGUGGCUGAAGGUGAAGCCUUCAAGCCGGCCUAUCUCUCUUUUUCCAUCCGUCCUCAGCCGCACUAACCCACCGCUGCCGACUCGUUCUGUUUCCCGGUGUCCUCUCAACGCCAACUCCGCCACAGCCAUGUCCAUCUUCGGCGAUGUCCCUCAGGCUCCUCCGGUGGCCGUCUUUAAACUGACUGCCGACUUCAGGGAGGACAGCCACCCGCAGAAGGUCAAUCUGGGAGUCGGAGCCUAUCGCACCGACGACUGCCAGCCGUGGGUGCUGCCGGUGGUGAAGAAGGUCGAGCGUCUGAUUGUGGAGGACGGCAGCCUCAACCACGAGUACCUGCCCAUCCUGGGUCUGCCCGAGUUCCGCUCCGCUGCCUCCAAGGUCGCUCUGGGAGAAGACAGCAGUGCCAUCCAGGAGAACAGAGUUGGUGGGGUUCAGUCUCUGGGGGGGACAGGAGCCUUGAGGGUGGGGGCGGAGUUCCUGCGGCGCUGGUACAACGGCACCAACAACACUGCUACACCCAUCUAUGUGUCAGCGCCAACCUGGGAGAACCACAACGGUGUGUUUGCUGACGCCGGCUUCAAGGACAUCCGUCCGUACCACUACUGGGAUGCUGCCAAGAGAGGCCUGGACCUGGCCGGGCUCCUGGAUGACCUGGAGAACGCCCCGGAACAUUCCGUCUUCCUUCUCCACGCCUGCGCUCACAACCCCACUGGCACAGACCCCACCCAGGAGGAAUGGAAGAAGAUUGCUGAGAUCAUGAAGAGGAGGAACCUGUUCGUCUUCUUCGACUCGGCCUAUCAGGGCUUCGCCUCCGGCAGUCUGGACAAAGACGCCUGGGCCAUUCGCUACUUUGUGUCCGAGGGCUUUGAGCUCUUCAUUGCCCAGUCCUUCUCUAAAAACUUUGGCCUCUACAAUGAGAGAGUCGGAAACCUGACCGUAGUUUCUCAGGACAGCGAGAGUCUGAGCCGCGUCAUGUCUCAGAUGGAGAAGAUCGUCAGGACCACCUGGUCCAACCCACCGUCACAGGGAGCACGCGUGGUCAGCAAGACCCUCAACUGCCCCACGCUCUUCGCUGAAUGGAAAGACAACGUGAAGACGAUGGCAGACCGGGUGCUGCUGAUGAGAGAUCAGCUGAAGACGAAGCUUCAGGAUCUGGGAACUCCAGGGACCUGGGACCACAUCACCCAGCAGAUCGGCAUGUUCAGCUUCACCGGACUCAACCCUAAACAGGUUGAAUACAUGAUCAAAGAGAAGCACGUCUACCUGAUGGCCAGCGGCCGCAUCAACAUGUGCGGGCUGACCACCAAGAACAUCGACUACGUGGCCCAGUCCAUCCACGAGGCCGUCACCAAGGUCCAGUGAAGACCUGGAGUCUGGUGGUCCACACCCUGCCUCCUGUGCCCCCCCUCACCCCCCCACCCUCACCUUUCACCUUUACUGCUUAACCAACUGGGGAAAUGAAAGCCGAGUCCCCGCCCCCCCAGUUGAACCACAUCACUUCCUCCACCCUUGUGAAGUUCAGUGAAUUUUGAAGAUUCAGGGAAAAAAAGUCGGUUCAACGGGAAUAGAUUAGAAUUUUCAAAUAUUAUAGAGUAGUUUUCCCCACCUGUAGUUUCCAGAUGUGACUUCCUGUACUCGCAGUACUUCAUACUAUACUGUAGUAUAUAUCUGAUGAGGUACGACACCCAUGUGUGUUUGAUUCACUUGCACACGCUGUAUUUUUAUUUUUUUUAUUUAUUUUUGUAGCGUCCGAUACAUAAAUGUCUUCCGUAUGAAGCCACAUCAAACAGUUACUGUCAGUUCUGUCACUUUAUUCACGUAAGACGUUGUCAUCGCUAGGUAUCGAUUCUACAACAUCAAGAAAACAAAAAUGAGUGUUGUCAUGUGACCUGGUUGCAAAGGUCAUUUCCUGUGCCUGGUGUCGGCAGCUGUGUA